AUGGAGGGAAAGGAAACCGACCAACAUCGCCAAAUGCGAAACGUUGCUUUUUUAGCAACUGUUGUUGCUUGUGUAGCAGUUGUGACUUCUAUCGUCACUCUUCCACUCUUGUACAGCUAUGUGCAAGCCUUGCAACAGGAAAUCGUUUUCGAAACUGAUUUCUGCAAAAUCAGAUCCCGUGAUAUGCUCAUUUCCCUUCACCAAACCGCUCCACAAGGGCGUGCAAAAAGAGGAUGGCUUUUCGGACAAUGGGUUCCAGAUAGCGGAGUUGGAGGAGGUGCAGGAAAUGGAGACUAUGGAGCACCAGCUUCUGACCAACCGUACAACGCACCUGCUCCUGAACCAUCCAAUAAUGGAUACGGACCUGUCGUUAAUGCUGAACCUGCCCCGCAAUGCUGCACAUGCCAGCAAGGACCAGCUGGACCACCAGGACCUCCGGGAGAUGACGGCAAUCCAGGAAAGGAUGGAGAGCAAGGAGCUGACGCCAAGAACGGCAAAGACGGUGGAGUUUCGCCAUCCGAUGGACUCCAGAGCGAGCCAUGUAUAAUAUGCCCACCUGGACCACAAGGUCCACAAGGAGCCGCAGGACGUAAGGGACCACCAGGACCACGUGGAUCUCCAGGACUUGCUGGUAUCGAUGGAAGACGCGGUGAACCAGGAAUGGUUGGACCAGCUGGACUUCAAGGGGAACCAGGACCACAAGGACCACCAGGAAAACGCGGAGAAGACGGACGUGUUAUUAACAUCAACGGCCCACCAGGACCAGUUGGAGCACCAGGACCUCAAGGACGCAAAGGAGAACGCGGGCCAAAGGGACGCCGUGGAAAUACAAUUCCAGGACCACAAGGACCACGAGGAGAUCCAGGGCGCAAAGGACGUUCUGGACGGAAGGGAGAACAAGGAGUUCAGGGACCUCUUGGAUCUAAGGGACCAAAUGGAGACUGCGCUCAUUGCCCAACGCCUCGUACCCCUCCAGGCUAUUAA